AUGGGCGCCUCCCUGAGUAUUGGACUCGGCUACGACGUGAACGAUGAAAGUGAAAUAUUGGAGGGCAGCUCAUCUAAUUUCUGCAGAACAAAAGAGACUCCUGCAAAUACCUUCCAGGACUUUCAGUCACAGUCAGAGAGCACCCAACGCCCUCACACCGAGAGAGAGUCUUCAAGUCCAAUCAGAACUAAAGCAACCUCUCUAACUGCACAGAGGGGGAGUUCCAGAAAUGUCAACAAAUCUGGACCCCUUUCCCAAAGGCGAAGACCAAAGCAAAGAGGAGCGUUCACUGAUCUGAUGGAAAGAAUGGAGACGGGGGAAACAAGAAAGAGGAGAGCUUGCUUGAGGUGCAGAAUGCAACGUAUCCGUUGCCACACAGACCCUCACAAUGCUCAUGGCACAUGUAUCACUUGCCAGGGGAUAACCAACCCCACCCAGUCAAAACUCCCUUGUCUCCGAUAUAAAAUCUCCGAUACGGCUCUCUUCGACAAAGGGCCACAUCCACAAUUUAUAUGGUGUCAACGUUGGAAAGAGAUGAAAAUCGUCGAGAUAAAAGAAUGGGAGCACCCUGAUGUGAAGACAAUCGAGCUCACGCAGGAUGUUGGAGACGCCACCUAUAAGGUCAAUGUGCGGAAGUUCAUUCCCGUGGAAGGAGACUCCCUGGAGAGGAAAUGGACAACCAACGGACAGCAACAGUCACAUCGAUGUGCAACUUACGCAAUCGCCAAUAUGAAAGAGACAGGCCAGCAAAUGUUGAAAUUUGUCGAUGAAAAUAUCAACACGGCGAUAGGUCACUAUAUCGGCGACUCAGAUGAAUUGCUGCAAGAAACAUAUCGCAUGGCUUACAGGCAUUCCGAAAUUGCAGAGGCAAUUUACGAUAAGCGAGAGAAGGAUAAAAGUCUUUUGCGAUCUGUCUUGAAACUCUGGGUGGCAAUACGCAUGGAGUCUCGAUCUGAGCGAAUUUGCGGCAAAGAACAUCUGGGAAUGGCGCCACAAACAUUGGACCCAAGCGCCGCAAACUACAAUCAAGUGCUUGUGCCUCCAGUCAUGAGUGCCCAAAUUGAGCUCAUUAUGACCGCCAUCGUUCUUCAUCCCUUGAAGAGAGAAGUUCUCAAGCAGCUACAGGAGCUUAUGAAGGCAGAUAGAAAAAGGUCAUGGCUUACCAUAUAUCUAUGCCUGUUCGUGCUGCUGCAUAGCUGCGCCUUGCUGACUUCUUUUGAGAACACGCAAGCUAAAAAAUACGGACUUCAGUCGCGUUACGUUUAUGGGUCAUUCGUUGAGGAAUUGCAUACCGGGUCGAAUAUUAUGCUCGCACACUUUCAUUACAUGAACAAAGGCAGCCUUCCAUUCGCCAUGGACUGGACCAUCGAGAGAAACGUACAACAGGCUGGGUUCAGCUCCGAACAACUCGAGUUUUUGACGAAAACUGCCCAGUUAGUCAAAGAAAAAGCCGCUAUUUUCGACGCUGUGAAGAAGAACGGCGAGUGCGAACAUGACUUCUUUUUCUUGUCACAACUAUAUGACACCCAUUGGCAACCUUUAUGA